ACUGAUUAGGAUGAAUGUGAUUUGGAGAAAUUAUUUUUCUCGUCUAAGGAUAAGAAAGGUGCCUUACAGAUACCAAAGUAGUUAUCACCCAGUGGCCCCUCUGGGAUCAAGGAUUUUAACUGAUCCAGCCAAAGUUUUUGAACACAACAUGUGGGAUCACAUGCAGUGGUCAAAAGAAGAAGAAGCAGCAGCCAGAAAAAAAGUAGAGGAAAACUCAGCUGUGCGAGUCCUUCUGGAAGAGCAAGUGAAGUAUGAGAGUGAAGCUAGUAAAUAUUGGGACACAUUUUAUAAGAUACAUAAGAAUAAGUUUUUCAAAGAUCGUAAUUGGCUGUUGAGGGAAUUUCCUGAAAUUCUUCCAGUUGGUCAAAAAACUGAAAAGAAGGUAAAAGAAUUAUCAUGGAAUCAUGUAAAAGUUCAUGCUGCAAAUUGUUUCUCAAGAAUGCACUGCCCUACUAUGCCUGAAGAAAAAAAUCAUGAUAGAGAAAGUCCUGGCUCAUCAGAUGGUCAAAACAAAGCAGGAUCUGAUUUUUCCAACCCAGACUCCAAAGAACACAGAAAAGGACCUCUGAAGACUGAAUUGUUUCCUGGUAGCAACGCCACUUUCAGAAUCCUAGAGGUUGGCUGUGGUGCUGGGAAUAGUGUUUUUCCAAUUCUGAACACUUUGCAGAAUACUCCAGAGUUCUUUCUUUAUUGUUGUGAUUUUGCUUCUGGAGCUGUGGAGCUGGUAAAGUCGCACGCGUCAUACAGAGCAGCCCAGUGCUGUGCCUUUGUUCAUGACGUUUGUGACGAUAGCCUACCCUACCCUUUUCCAGAUGGGAUCCUGGAUGUCAUUCUCCUCGUCUUUGUGCUCUCUUCCAUUCAUCCUGACAGGAUGCAAGGUGUUGUAAACCGACUGUCCAAGUUACUGAAACCUGGGGGAAUGCUGUUAUUUCGGGACUAUGGAAGAUAUGAUAAGACUCAGCUUCGUUUUAAAAGGGGGCAUUGUUUAUCUGAAAACUUUUAUGUUCGAGGAGAUGGUACCAGAGCAUAUUUCUUUAUAAAAGGGGAAGUCCACGAUAUGUUCUGCAAGGCUGGGUUAAAUGAGAAGCAAAAUCUGGUCGAUCGUCGCUUACAAGUUAAUAGGAAAAAAAAAGUGAAAAUGCACCGAGUGUGGGUUCAAGGAAAAUUCCAGAAACCAUUACCCUUCACUCAAAACAGCUCCAAAUUGGUAUUUUCACUCUUUUCUCAUGGCUGAACUAUGUAUCAUGUUAAGGUACAAACCAGAGGAUUACACUAUUCAAAGUCUUCUGUAAAUCUUUCAUUUUUGAAAAGACAGAAGAGAAUUUGUAUAUCCUGCUGUUUACCAUGGGUGGGCUCUUUUGUGCAUUUUAAGCACAUGUAAGUGAUUUGGAAGAGAGCACAGUAUUCUGUGUUUUCAAAACUUAAUAUGCUAAAGCUUGUUUGGAUUUAUUACAUCUUAACCAUUUUGUUUGUUCUUUGAGUUUUGUAAGCAUUCAGUUAAAUUACCGAUAUAAGUCAGAUGAUUCUGAGAAGUGGAAACCUGCCAUUUUUUAGAAGUGAAAAAAA